CCGCCUGUGCCACAGUGACUUGGUCACGUCCCUGCUCUCUGAAUGCUGCAGUAACGUUACUUUAUCACCCUGCUGGCUUUGUAAAGUCUUUAUUUCCCACAUCUGCCGCUGUGGAGGACGCGCUGCUCGCUCUACAGGUUGGUCCACCACAACAUCACCUACAAACUGACCCAGUCUGGACUUUGAUCAGCAUUGUUGACUGAGCAGCCAGGAUCCGCCCGAGCUUUGAGGUCAGAGGUCAAAGAGCCAUGGGAACCAGGAGGGUGCUGGUGACUGGGUGCUCCUCUGGCAUCGGCUUGGCUGUGGCUGCACGGCUCGCCAAGGAUGAGCUCAGACGGUUCAAAGUGGUCGCCACAAUGAGGGAUCUUGGGAAACGAGGGGCCUUGGAGAAAGCAGCAGGUGACAACUUAAACAAAACCUUGGAGAUCAAACAGUUGGAUGCCUGCUGUGAAGCUUCCAUCAGAGAGUGUGUCAACAGCCUGCCGGAGAGACGGGUGGAUGUUCUUGUGAACAAUGCCGGCGUCGGCAUGAUCGGACCACUGGAGUGCCAAAGUAUCGACGCCAUGAAGGAGCUCUUUGACACAAACUUCUUUGGCCUGGCACGGCUGGUGAAGGAGUUGCUGCCUGACAUGAAGCGGCGGCAGAGCGGCCAUAUUGUGGUGAUGAGCAGCGUCAUGGGAAUACAGGGGCUUCUGUUCAAUGACGUCUACUCCGCCUCCAAAUUUGCUGUGGAGGGAUUUUGUGAAAGUCUGGCAGUGCAAGCAAUGAAGUUUAACAUCAAGACGACUCUAGUGGAACCCGGCCCUGUGGUGACAGAGUUUGAAAGGAAACUGUACGAGGAUGCUGAGAAGAUGGAUCUAUCGGGGACUGAUGAGGAGACGGCCAAAAUCUUCCGUGAACUUUACCUGCCAUACUCCGAAAAGGUCUUCGCCUCAUUAGGCCAGACACCAGAGGAAGUGGCUGAGCAAACUGUUAAAGUGAUCACAGCCAAGGAGCCUCCUCUACGCCACCAGACCAACCGCCUAUACAUGCCCAUGACUGCACUGAAGCACGCAGAUCCGACUGGCCGACUGCCUCUGGACACCUUCUAUAAGAUGAUCUUUAAACAUGACAGUGUGUUGAAUGCAACUCUCAGGGUGCUGCGCGUGCUGCAGAGGAGGGCAGGGAAGAAGUAAGGAUUGCACUGAGUUUAAAUGUUAUUUAUAAGGAGACAGUGACUGACUGUGGUAGAUUCACAGUUUUAAGUUUUAAGUGUAGUAUCCGACUCUAAGGAGAGUUUUCUUCUGAGCAGCAAUGAACACGGCACAAACCAUAGGAUGUUGUCUUGUACAAUAACUGCAAAUAAUGUUAAAGGUCCAGUGUGUAGGAUUUAGGGGGAUAUAUUGGCAGAACUUGAAAAUUCGGCUCCCAGUGAAACCUUCCCUGUAGUGAACCCCAGGCCAGACAAUGGUGAAGCGUACUGAUGUUUUCAGAAGUCUUUCAUUAUGUUCAACCAUUAUUAUUUAUUUGAACACCAGCAUUUCCUUCAGAACACAGUGGGGUUAUCGAUAUUCAGUUAAGCCUGCAGCUAUUUUGAGCACGACUGUCGAGUCAGUUAAAACACAUAUCUCCACACAGAAAUCAUAAAUGACACAGAAGGAACAAUAACCGUGAGUUCACACAUGGCUCAUGGGAGAAGUUUCAGCUGGUUGCAGUCUGCAGUCCUCACUGCUAGAUGCCACUAAACCUACACACUGCUCCUUUAAUUCUUCACAUACUGUAAAUAUGCAGGUAAUAUUUAUAGGUCUUCUUUCUUGCUGUGCAGAUCUUUUUUAUUUCUUUGUAACAUUUGUACAGGUAAAUACUGUAUAAUGUCAAAGUGAAAUGUAAAAAUAUAAGCACUCUUCCAUUUUCACUUUUUAUUAAGGUCAUUUAUAUGUUUUAUGUGUUGCAGUGAUUCUAACAAGGAUAUAGUGUAACCAAAACUAGUAAAGUUAGGAAUAUUAUAAUUUAUCUGAUUGGCAGAAAGACAAACAAAUAAAUGUUAGUAAUAAAUGAAUAAUAUAUUAUUUAAUAAAAUAUACAAGCCAUGGUUUUUGUGUUAUUGUAAUGGAUCUAGGGUACUGAGCCAGACACUCUGACACACAAGUUCGCAACCUUUUUCCUUUGGGGACCUCUGUUAUAUUAUUGAGUAAACUGAUGACCCCUGACUAAGUGACAUAUUUUAUAGAUAUUUCAUUAUAUAUUGAAUACAUACCAGUAACAGCACAGAACAUGUUAAAAACUGUACAUUUAACCAAAAUACUGCAUCCAAUAUGAGCAAUUUAGAUGAAUUUUGAGCAGAUUAUUUCCUGUGAAUGUUGCAUUAGAGAUGAGAUUUCCUGUUUUUUUUAGUUGCUUUUCAUACAAUACAUAUUCAUUUUUGAAUUUCUGACAAUCAUGCAUACCUCUUUCUUACAAAUUCACUAUUUUCAUAUACCUGACCCUUGGCCAUUGUUCCACUCGCUCCUCAGGCAGAGAGUGAACGCUCUGCUUGUGUUCAGGUCACGGGCCAUGCCUUAAUAAUCUAAACUUAAAUUUUGUCUAAGCAAUUUCAUGAAGUUUUCCACAGAAAUAGAUGAAAUCCUGAGUUAGAGGUGUAUCGAAACUUUAAAAAAAACAAGUUUUCCAGCACUUGGCCAUCUAAGAAGGCCUUGCAACCCCCUAUGAAGCUUUGGCGACCCCUAGUGGGGGUCGGGACCAACACAUUAAGAACCUGUGUUAGACUCCCCAGCUUCUCCAUAUUUGAAGCCACUAAAACUAAUAACACAAUGUUUGUAUAACAUGCUUCAGGCUAAUGUAUUCCUGGAAUAACAAAACAAUCUGAAUCACCAAUCUCAACUCUCACCCUACCCACAGUACACAUAGACAGGGAAAACUGAUCCUGCUUGGUAGAUGCUCCAAACUAAAAUAUUACCCAAACCUCUGUUGUUUCCGUCAUUGCAAUUAACUGGAAGAAACACUGAGGAGCAAACUGGGCUCAGAAGAAGAGAAACAGUGAGCCCUGUUUGGCUGUCAUGGUAUUUUAAUUGAAAAUAUAUUGUAUCAGUUACUGUUCACUAAACUCACCAUUAUUGCUCUAAUGAAGUAGCACAGCUUUAUGGCGAUCCUUACGGGGGUAUCUCUGCUAACAGUUUGGCACUGUAAUUAACUGAGUGUGGGUUCAAUUGCCUGUGUGGCAAAAUUAAAGAGCAAGCUAAACUUCAAGAUGUAGCCAGUCAUUUUUUGAGCUUAUUUUUAUGAGUAUAAACCUGCACUGGAUGGACGUGGACAUAAGAUUCUUAUACCUAUAUAACCAAAUACAAUAAUCCUGCAACUGUUACUUCCAUUGUGAAGCCUUUCAUGUAAGUUUUGCUGAUGCAGAGAGAUAAGAUAGGUGGUCAUUCACUGAAGUGGUAAUUUUUAUAGGCUUUUAUUUGUAGCUUGUGUUGGUAUGUUGGCAACUGAAAUCUCUUAAAAAUCAAGAGUGUAUUAAUAAACAUGAGUCAAAGACGACCUUUACUGUGGGGCUGUUGUAUUGGACAGAAAAAGUACUUUAAGACUAUAAAACUAUUGAAUAAUUAUCUUUUCAGGUAAUGGCAUUUUCAGCUUUUUUUAAUGAUUAUGAUUAUGAGGACUUGAAUUAAUGAACAUCCUCCUUUAUAAUAUGAAACAAUCACUAAAAAACCAGGACACAAAAAAUGUAGUUCCCUACAGUUUUUAUUAUAAGUAACUUUACAACUUUUGACUGUAGAAAGAAAAACCGUGGCAAAGGUUUUAUGUACAAUGAUUUUGAACUACUUUUAAACAAGUAUAGAAAUUAAUAAUGAUAGAAAAUAUCUAUGACUGUUCUAAUAACACAAGACCAAUAAAAAUAUCAGUCACAGCCUCAGCUUCAAAUAAUGCUAAAUGAAGUACAUUUUUAUUUUUGUCCUUUUUAGUACAUAACAAUCAUUUCAGAAACAUAAGACUUCUCAAGCAAAGAUCUACCCAGAACAAACAUAUGUACAAACAGAAGUUGGGAGGUUGAAAUGUACAAAACACUUAGUGCGACCUGGUAGGGAAAUUGAAAGACCAGUUAUAUAUAAAAAAAUAAAAAACAGAAAACAUUUUUUGUAAGUAAAGUAUGAACUGGACUGUGAACAACAUGUUUCCCAGGUCUGACAAAACAGUAGCCGAGUCUAUAGUGAACAAGAAAAAACAAAUGGAUGAAAAAUAAACUCUAUGACACAACUAGGGGCAGUGUUAGGUCACCACAAAAGUAGUAGCUAGGAGUGGCGGCCUACUAAUUUCUGGUCAUGGUGAAAAUGCAAUGGUUACUUUCUCAAAAAUUCUACUAUCAUCAUUUGACUUUAUGCUGAAAUGUCCACAGUACGUUAAGGCGAGGAUGACCUCCACCCUAUACACUCAGGUCAUGUGGGGGCAAAGAGUUGGUCAGACAUUACACAAGGUGUUAGCUGGAUGACUGGGAGUGUCACCUCAGGAUUCUGUAAAAAGUUUAAGGGUGCAGCACUACAUAGUAGUGUUCUUUCCUUCAGUCUCUUCUAACAAUCAUCUCAAGAUGCAUCUCCGCUGCCCCUGGACUGGGAGCUACUGUAGAUGCAGGAGGAACUGUCCCACUGCAUGCCAUAAAACACCUCCCUGAGGAGUGACAGGGCACAAGCAGUCACAGCCCAGCAGCUACACCCUCACACUGACCACUACUCCACCGCAGACACCACCAGAGACGAGGCGAGAGCGUCAACCUCAACUGCCACAGAUAGUCCAGGAAUGUUUCCAUUUAGUCCACACGAUGUGGGCUCGACAAAUUAAUCUUCUACCUGUCUGUCAUGUGGUUUGACGCUGCAUUGGAAGCUGCUGAAGGCGCAGCAUCCAGAAACAAAACGACAGGCAAAAUGGAGGAAUGUUUGCGGGAAAGGGUGAUACAAAAUAGCAGCUGGUAAGCAUAGCUUAGUACAUCUGAAGUGAUGUUAAAAAAAAGGUAUCCAUGGUUUUCACAAAUAUACAGAGUAUAAAACAAAUGGAACAAACAAAAAAAUAAACAUUAACUAAAAAGGGCAGUGAGAGGCUGAUUUUAAAGGCAAAACAACACAGUUAUUGGGGUUGAAAUGGAGCCAGAGCAGUGACAGUAAAUAUUAACAUCAAAAUAUAAUUUGGCAUUGAGAAAGGAAUCACUGGCAGUGAAAAAACAUUGACUAAAAAAUAAAGGCAUUACAAUUAUAAUUUUUUUUUAUAUAUAUAUUUUUUUGCAUCCUGGUGUGUUUUUCAUUGACAGUUUUCUGAUUUUUUUUCCUAGGCUCCUCUUCUUUCAGUGUCAAUGUUUGUUUUUUUUUAAAUGCGUAGAGUCUUCAGUUUCAACUUCCUGUCACUGUCUUGUCGUGGAAAUGAGGGGUUUGAGGGGAGAGGCAAGG